CGACGUGCUCCUGGUGGUCAUGGAGCUCUCAUGCCCCCGCACGAUCGCGGCGCUGAUGCGGACCUGUCGCGCGCUAUAUCGCGACUCGAAGGGCCCGCGACUGCUCCUACGCAACGGGGCCGCACUCGCCACCGAUGUCGACAUCCUCUCCUUCUCGGCCUUCAUGUUCGCGAGCGUACCCAGCGGCCGCUUCCGGCAUCUGCACAGUCUCACGGUCUCCAAGGGCGGCUUCUCCGAUGACGCUGUGCGCGUGCUCGCCAGUAUCGUCGCCCACGCCGACCUCAGACUCGACUCGCUCGCCCUGGUGGACGCAGAGGAGGUCCUCAGCUCCGGUAGCCCAAUUUGGACAGGAGACGAGCAAGCAUCUAGAUCUGCUCUUUGGGAUGCGUUCUCCUGGCUUCCUACGCUCAAGCAUAUCAAGAUGACCUCCAUCGACGAACGCGCGCACCGGCUCCUGGACUACCUCCCAAACACGCUCGUGUCCGCCAUGCUUGCGUUCGAUUCGCCCGGCGCAGAGUGGGGCGCCUUGAACGACCCCGAGACGCGUAACCCGAUCGUGCGCCUCGGCGGAUCCGCAGACACACUCGAGGUGCUUUCGGGCUCAGGGUUCGACGUACGCCCGGACGCCAUCGGAUACGAUGUCGUGUACCCGCGCGUGCGCCGCAUCCACGCAUCAUACAAGAGCGGCGGCGCCAUGCCCGCUACCGCCGCGUAUGUGCAGGCGUUCCCGAACGUCGAGUUCCUCGCGCUCACCGCGCCCCGCGCGCAGCCCUGGCAAGACACCGGGGCCUCUGUCGUGCUCGAGCGGCUCGAGGCACGCGCCGUGCGCGAGGCCAACCGGGACGACCAGGUGAACCACGGCAGCUGGCAGCGGCUGCGCGUCGUCGAGGGCACCGCUGCGGACGUGUGGGCGCUCGGGCUGGUGUGCCACGUACCAGAGCUGCGGUUACAGGGGGAUAACACGAUCCAUGGAUACGCGCUCGGAGCCGGAGGUUUACAAGACAUCCUGGAUGACGUGCGGCCGUCCUCUCUUGCGUUGAUCGUGGUUGGUAGCGUUGUCUUUGGACCUGAUGGACCGUUGUCGCGUGUGCUGCGAGCCCCAGUUGCGCAGUGCCUGCAUGCUCUAGACGUUGAGCUGGUCUUCCAACCGUCGGAUGGGGAUGUCGAGUUAACAAGGUUACUGGAAGACAUUCUUGAGACGAUGGGGGCCAUGACAUUACGCACCCUGAAGCUCACUCUGAACUACGGGCUCAUUAGUAGGGGCCACGAGCGGACACCGCCACCUGGGUAUCAGAGGGAAUAUUUCUGCCCCCUGGAGAAGUAUGUCGUGACUACGGACUUGGAGAAGUACGCAGAACGCGUCGUGGACGCGAUUCCGUCGAUGGAAUAUGCCGAGGUCGUCCGGUCGUGCGAUCGAAAACCGCACGAAUACAUGCUGGGACCUGUGGGACGGGACAGUCCCAUGCCGGGGGGUUCUUGGUCUGACGAUGGCUCCGAGUGUGGGAACCGACAGGUUAUGGGAGAGCUCGCAGAGCUGGGUUUUGGGAACGCAGAGGAGGAAGAGGGGUGGUAGCUGCGGGUAGCUUGAGCUUGCUUGAACUCCAUGACGGAUUAGUUGCGAUUCAUAGGCAGGAUGCAUCCAGUAGAUGUGGUAUGUUUUCCCACAUGUGUACUAGCAUUUCUGUCCUGUUGUAGCAUAUGACGACGUUGCUAUGAUGUCAAGCCGUGGUACCUCAGGCUGCGAUUUUCAAUGUGAUAAUUAGAUGUACUCAGGC